AUGGCUGACCCUGCGACUGAACCGCUCGCGACCGUCACUGAGACCGAGGACCUGCCCAGGACGAAAGAGAAGAUGGCAGAGCUGUCGCAGGCUGCUUCCAUCCACUACUCCACCAAAAACUACGACGCUGCUGCCGAACACUACGCCGAUGCCGUCGAAAUUCAAGCUGAACUCAACGGCGAGAUGGCGCCUGAGAACGCUGAGCUGCUCUUCUACUACGGGCGCGCGCUAUACAGGUCCGCAGUCGCCAAGAGUGAUGUGCUAGGCAACAAGGUGGCAACACAGGAGAAGAAGAAGAAGCAGCCCAAAGCGAAAAAGGCCGCCAGAACAGAGGCGGGCGAGGGGUCAAGCGCCGCAAAGGCUGAGCCCAAGGAGGAGUCAGUAGAGAACAAGCCAUACUUCCAACUCCAGGGCGACGAGAACUGGACCGAUUCUGAAGAUGAAGACGAUGACAUGCAGGACGGCGAGGAAGAGGACGACGACGACGACCUCGGAAACGCGUACGAGAUCUUCGAGCUAGCUCGCGUCCUCUACGAGAAGCAAUUAGACUCGCCAGAAGGAGAUGCCUCAGAUAAGGGCAAGGGCAAAGCAGAGCUAAGUCCACGAGCACGCAUCGUGAAAGAGCGUAUCGCAGACUGCCACGGUUUCCUUGUUGAGAUCUCGCUGGAGAACGAGCGAUUCCACGACGCCAUAUCAGACGCCCGCAAAGCGCUCGCCUUACAAGAGGAACUGUAUCCUUUCGAACACGAGAACGUCACAGAAGCUCAUUACUCGCUUUCCCUCGCGCUGGAGUUUGCAUCUGUCUCUAAGGUACGAGAAGACCAGACCGGACAAACGACCGAGGAGUCCGCGAAGCAAGAACCAGGGAAAGAAGACGAAAACGGUAUAAACUGGGAGCUGCGCAACGAGGCUGCUGAGCAGACUGAUCUUGCCAUAAAGAGCCUAGAGGCACGAUUGAAGAAGGAGGAGGCCGCACUCGGCUCUGACGCGCUGAAACCUGAGCAGAAGAAGGAGAAGCAAACAAUCAUUGAGGAUAAAAAGGGUAUGCUCGAGGACCUAAAGACUCGUCUUGUAGAUCUCAAGUCAGAUCCCACGAAGCAGGAGUUCGACAGUAUUGACUCGUCCGUGUUCAAGGGUCUGCUAGGAGGCCUGUUGGGCGCAGAUUCCGCGACGCAAAAGGCCAAGCUUGCGGAAGCUACCAAGACCGCGAACGAUGUGUCUGGUAUGGUGAAGAAGAAGGUCAAGGCGCCUGUUCCGGCACCAUCAGGUUCAAACGAUGCCGGUAGCAGUAAGAGGAAACUAGAAGUUGAUGAUGGCGGCGCGGAGGGCAAGCGAGCGAAAACUGAGGAACCCGCAUAA